UAGCCUACUUCAAAUCUCUGCCAGGAAUGACGCCACAAUCAAAUCGACUUUGUCACCAUCUGGCGUAUAGAAAAACUACUUUCUCAAUGGUAGAUCAAAUUGUUUGAUAAUUAAUACCAGUUAUUACUAUCGGAAAGUGGCGUUAUUUGGCAGGUAAUAUUCCUUACAACUCGAUGCAAGAUUUUCAAUCAAUCAGCAGCUCAUAUCCGAAGGCUAAAAUUCUUGUCUGAUUCGGUUUCAGGCCAAUUGCCUUCAGGCUUAACGUGGGCCUCGCGUGCAUGUAUUACCAACAUAGCGACAGUCAACUGUCAAUGACCGUCAAUAAAAUCAGCUGUUCGAGAGUCUAUCGUUAACGCGUUCGUUAAAUAAUUCAAUGAAUCGUAUAGGAAUCAUCUUAACAAAAGAAAAAACGAAGGGCAGAUGCUAAAUUCAAUAUGGCGACACGCCGUCGCUCUGAUAGAAGAAAAUUUGCACCCCACGCAUGCAUACAAGGCGCUUUGUUGGUUGGAGUUUAAAAAUGAACCAGUGCAAAGGAUAAUGUGAAUUAGUAUCACACGUCUCGAGCAUUUCUCCUCUCGACUAAGUAAACGACAACGUUACGGAGGAUCCAACGUUCGAUAUACUGUUAACCUAUUCCGCCGUUGUUGUCCUUCACCGUAGACGUCAAACAAGCUUCCUCGCUAAACUGCGGACACCGUUUCUCUCUUAUGGGUAAGAACAAAGCCUACGAUGAUCGAUGACGAACGGAGAAUUAGAGCAGCUGCCGAGGCGCUGCUUAACAGAUCGCUACAAUCCCAAAGAAGCUCUUUCACUCAGCACAGCAUCAACCGAGCAUCCGAUGUAGUGCUUAGUGAAGAUCUCAUCGCGGGGACCAGACACCAGGGCAGAAUGUCCAAUGUCAGACGGUUCUUUUGCCUAUUCAUCACGUUUGAUGUACUAUUCACUUGCCUUAUGUGGCUCAUUUGCACAAUGUUCAGUGGAGACCACAUAAAAAACGCAUUUGUGAAUCAAGUUAUUCACUACAACAUCAAGACUUCUCUAUUCGAUCUAGUGAUGGCUGCUGUCUGUAGGUUCACUGUCUUGCUUCUAUUUUAUGGACUUUUGUACAUUAACCAUUGGAUAAUUAUAGCUGUAUCAACUGCAACAACGUGCGCUUUUCUCAUCGCCAAAGUAUUUUUUUUUGACUGGUCUGCAAGUAACCUGUCUGUAUUCGAAGUGCUGCUUAUCCUCUCAUCAUUUGUGCUAGCAUGGAGCGAAGCUUGGUUCUUCGAUUUUCGGGUAAUCCCUCAAGAAACGCAGGCUAGAGAUUGGCUUAUAGGUUCUUCAGGAUCAGAACGAGCACCGCUUUUGCAACAAUUUUUGUCUGGCCCUCUUUCUCACUACACAGAAAGCGUUGGUAAUUUCUAUUCCCCAAUGGAGACGCCGGAGCAUUCGGAUGACGAUGAAGAUGGGAGAGGCACAUUAGCUGCAGGGCGGACGAUAUCGUCAGACCAUUUCGUCCCACCAAUACUACCCAAGUUAACCCCAGAAAAGAUUGAAGAAUACCAAAAAAUUGGAGCCGAAAUAAUAGAUCGUUCAUGGGAACUACUUACCAGUCCUGAUUGGGUCAUAGAACAAGAAACUGCUGAAGGAGACACAAUAUCGUCGAUGCAUCUUCCAAAACCUGAUGGAAAAAUAAUGAAGAUCACCGGAAUAAUUGACAUCUCGGCGCAUGAGUUACUGCAAGAAUUAUUCGAAAAUAUUGAAAACACUCCAACAUGGAACAAGCACUUGGCAGAGUCAAAAAAGAUCCAAGUGAUAGACGAGCAAACCGACAUAAUAUAUCAGGUGACACUGCCACAGGGUGGCGGAAUCGUGGGAGCAAGAGAUUUUGUAGUUUUAAGGUGUUACGGCGAACGAAAUUCCUGUCUCAUUAGUGCCGGGGUUUCUAUACCAUUUCCUCACAUUCCACCCCGCAAGAAUUUCACGCGGGGCGAGAAUGGUGUUGGAUGCUGGGCAAUGGAGCCGUUGGAGGGUGAGGAAAACCUGCGUUGCAGAUUCACAUGGUUGUUGAACACAAACUUGAAGGGGUGGUUGCCAAAACGAGUAAUUGAUGCCUCUCUUACCACUGUUACCGUAGAUUUUAUGCAGUUUUUACGUGAGCACGUACGCCAGAUGAAAGACUGAUGAUUAUCAUAUGGGUUAUAAAGCUAAUGAUAAAUCGAUUCGUUUGAAUAGCCAAGAAUUCAUCGCAAUCCAUUUAUCGACCUCAUCUUGAUUCGUUGCUUAUGCACCAACCCUGUAUGUUUUACACGUCUAUACGGUACAUAUCAUAUCAAAGAAAAAAGGAAAAAUCAGCAAACAGAGAAUCAGCUUGACACCAUGACAUGGUUGUUUGACAUUUCAUCAAUAUUAAUUUUUGUUCAAUUUUUUCUAUUCAUUUUCCUCACUGCAAAUUACUGAUUUUAUAUUCGAAAUGUGAAGCAUACCUAUACCUAUACUUUACUAUUAUGAUAAUACGAAGUGCUAAAGAGUUCUUAGGCAGGUAAAGUAUUUUUACUUAUAUAGUCUUGAAAUGGUUUCAAUGCAGUAAAAAAAGAUUAUGGAUUAUAUUUUUGUAGUACUUUAUGUGUACCCAUGUAUGGUUAUCAUUUACCUUUCAAAUUGCAAUGCAAGGUAGGUAUUUACGAACGUAAUCUUCAAGGUUUAUUUAUUUUUGGCCAGGUUCUGAUACAUAUAUAUUGAUCAGAACAUCUUUCACACUGAUCAAUUUUUAAUAUUAUAUGAAUAUGCAAUUUCAUACUGGUCAAACGAACGCCUAUAAUUCAGAAGUGAUUCACCGUUAUAAUGGUGAAAAAAAAAAAAUUGUUAUAACUUUACUUGUCUAACACUCCGUCACACUUUGCGACGCGAUUUUUCGCAAAAAUACUGCAACAUCUGUCGAUUGGCGAAAAAUCUCAAGGAAAUUGUGUAAUCAGGUACAGAAUAAUUUAGAAACUUAAUCGGUUUUGGAAGAAAUUGAUGCACAGCCAUAAUAACGAUGAAAAAUUUCAGAGGUUGUGAAAAUUUGCUACAUUAACAUUUUAAAAGUAAGAUUAAGACGUGGUUGAACAGUGAUUACGUAUUAAUUCAGCACUCAAAGGGUUAAAAGAGCCUGAUAUACGUAUAAUAGUUGUUGAUGAAUUCAUACCACGGGCACAUUGCUGUACAAUAACUGCAUUCCAAGUCAACCGCUUGAUCUGUGCCUUCGUAAUAUCUGACUGAGAAAAAGAUAAGAUGAAUAAACUUGGAAAAAAAUU